GUGAUUCGCGCGAUGUCCGCUUGCGGUAGCACCUCUGACGCUGAGAAGUUAGCGCGUCUCGAUAUCGCCGGGGAAUAUCGAGAGUCGGUAUAUCGCUGGUGCGGCUCUCGAGAUUUAUCGACGCGCUCGCGAAUCGACGUUACCGUUCCUCUUUCCCACGCGAAUGGCGGAACGCUCAGUAUCGAUGAAAUGAAGUUGAAGUUUACAAGAGAAGUUGUCCGGCUUGUCACAAUGUCUAUGCAACAGUUCUGUUUGCGGUGGAACAAUCAUCAACCAAAUUUUAUCUCAGUUUUCUCUAAUUUGCUGAAUAAUGAGACUCUGGUGGAUGUUACUCUUGCUGCUGAGGGCAGGCACCUUCAGGCCCAUAAAGUUGUGCUAUCAGCAUGCAGCACAUAUUUUCAGUCACUGUUUACAGUAAAUCCUUGUCAACAUCCUAUUGUUAUACUUAAGGAUAUCAAGUUUUCGGACCUCAAAAUUAUGGUAGACUUCAUGUAUUAUGGAGAAGUAAACAUAUCUCAAGAUCAAUUGCCAUCUAUUAUAAAAACGGCAGAAAGCUUAAAGAUAAAAGGACUCGCAGAAAUGCAUACAGCGUCAUUAACAAAAUGGCCAAGUGGUAGCAGUGAAACAGGUGGUGGAGAUCGUGGUGAAUCUUGUUCACCUAGCCCAUCUCCGUUAUCUCCUUCAUUCCGUAGAAAAAGGUUAAGAAAGUCUUCUACUGGUUCAACAUCUGGUUCUGGUGAUAAGCCUGAAGACAUUAAUGAAAUAACAUUAGUGGCCACUAAUAUCGUCAAACCCGAACCUUUAAUUGUAUCGCAAGAAAGUGGAGAAAAUCUAAGGCGACCAGUGAACACUAGUACAGAAUCUCAAGGCAGUAUUGAUGAAGAUCAAAUAUCAAUUAUGAGUAAUAUGGAAAACAGUUCCACCAAUACACCAGCCCAAAGUGAUGGUUCUAUUCAAGAUGUGAGUCAACAGUCGGGAGGAAAUAUCGGACAAAGUCCUGUUUCUUCACAACCACCCGUUCACCAAGGAUUACAAUGGACUAUAAUGGAGCACACAUAUCCACGUUUCGCUCUGUCCUCGUGUCAAACGAAUCUGUCGAUCCAAGCGUCAUCGGCGUUUACGACGCCCGAAAUAACGGCAUCAUCGACCAUCAGCGAACAGUACUCUGGUACCAGCACGACUGGUUCCAGUUGCGCCUUGACGAACUAUUCGAACUCCUCCACCCACGGGACGUUGCAGCAUACGUCAUCGGGCGGGCCUUCGCCAUCGACGCAGUGCCCGAGCAACUGCCAGAGCCCUUGCGCCAGCCCGCAGACUGCAAUUAAGAGGAAACGCUCGACUAAUCCACAAGCGGACGAGAACUUUAUACGUGCUCUCGAUGCCGUGCGUUAUGGCGGCAUAGGCUUUUGUAAGGCCGCACGGAUGUACGGCGUAAACAAUCGGACACUCUGGCUCGAGUACAAAAAGCGCGGCUACCCGAACAAUCGACCAAGUCUCAAGUCCCGCGUUAAGCAGGAGGUUAACUCCUCGCCACCGCCGGCGCCUCCGGCGCAACCCAUAAACUCGCAGAGCCCGACGCCCAUGGGUCCACCCACGACCCCGCACAGCACACACAACACACACAGCACGCACACUAUGCUGACCAGUCACAGUCCCCAUACGAUGCUGAGCGGCUACAUCGAUAGUAGACACACGGACUAUGCUUUACCGAGCACCACGAUGCCGAUCAAUCUGCACGGCGUUAAUUAUAACGCUAUGUGAACUGAAUCCUACCCGGAAAGUCACUUGUAUAGACGAGCUUGAAAAGUAUUACUUCCCUUCUUCCUCUCUUCAACUUCCUGCCCUUCUACUAUCCUCUCUAUGGUGCGAAGGAUUAUUUAGUAAUGAAGAAUCGCAGGCGAAUGUUACGAUGUCGUUGUCGAGAUUGCAAAAUGUCGGAUUAUGUUCUUGGAACAUUCUUCUUGUGUUCGGCUACACUCGUAGACCCGGUAUGUUUCGAUCUCGAUGAUAAAGUUGAUGUAUGUUUUGUAUGUAUAUUGUACAGGAUCUAUCGGACGUCCCGCACUUUUUUCCCCGACUAUGAAAGAUUUUACGAUUUUGUAUGUAUGUGUGUGUGCGUGUACGUGCGUGCGUAAGUUCAAUCUUGUUUCUCAUCGCGAAAUCUUGUCAAAGAUUAUAACUAGUCUCGCCAUCGUUUUAACGUGUAAUAUUAUAAAUCGAUUUGACGACAAGCUUUCAAAUUUUUUGAAACAAUUUAGUGACUAGAACACUGGACCAAAUUUCUCUUCGGAAAGAAUUAGUUGCAAACUCUUCAAGUAUUUAUUUAUUUAUUAUUAUUAUGUUAAGUAAACGGGAAAAUGUUUAUCCGAGAGAAUAUAUAUAAAGUAUCAUAUUUGUAAUAUAGAAAAAAUUGCGCGACCUUUGAUACAGCCUGUACGUCACAUGUUAUUUUAUCUAAACUAAAUUUUAUUUCUUUUUUUCUUUUUUAUACGUGUUCCUUAAUCAAAUAUUUUCGUCCUCGCAUUUUCUUUUCUACUCGCAAUUGAGUGACUUGAACUAAAUGAUGUUUACAAUGUGAUAAAUAAGCGAACUUAUAUUUGGUGAUCAAAGAUUACAUACAUGCAUAACGAUGAUGGUACUGACAUGCUAAACAUUCGCUCAUUUCUGCUUGUCAGAAACUUUCGAGAUAUUCGUAAAAAUAUUGAUAGUUGUGUUUAGUCCUUUCUUUAUUAUUAUUUUUUUUUUGUUAUAUAUUGUCGCAGCUAUCUUGUUAGCGAAGAUUUCAGUAUAAUCUAGAAUUGGUGCAAUUGCAGUGCUCCCCAACGAUGAAAACUAGAACGUCGGGGGUACAGCACUGAUAAUAGUGAUACUAUACUGUUGCACUGAUUGUAGCCUAUCGUGUAAUUCGUAAUAACUUUUGUACAUAAUAGAUAAUGAGGGCGCAAAAUUAGCUAGAUAUCUGCGUCGUCUUGUAUUUGCACCCGCGUCGAUACAUUCUACGAGACUAAUAAUAUGCACACACAUACGUCCACACAUAUACACACAUACACAUGGAAUAAUCCAACAAUACAUGUAUUACAAGAAUUAAUUGUUGCUUUGUUGAUAAAUAUAUGAGAACCGUCAUAGACUUUUUUUUUUCUAGAAUAUGUUUUCCUCUAUGCACGGGAGUUUAUUUGACUUUUUUCGCUUUUUAUUACGUUAUAUAUAUGUAUACACAUGGGAAAUUAAGAUAUGUCUGUUAUGUA